AUGUCGGUGGUAAGCGCAGUUCCGUUCAUGAGGCCGAUCCAUAUGCGCUCUCCAGUUCCGCAGGGCCGCCGACACACGCUACCAGCCAGCGAGUUCCGCACCCUGAGCCCAGAGGAUGCAAUCAGUGUGUUUGAGAUAGAAAGAGAAGCCUUCAUCUCAGUGUCCGGAGAGUGUCCUCUACACCUGGACGAGGUGCGUCACUUCCUCAGCCUGUGUCCCGAGCUGUCUCUUGGCUGGUUCGAGGAGGGCCGGCUGGUGGCUUUCAUCAUCGGCUCACUGUGGGACCAGGAGAGGCUUACCAUGGAUGCCCUCACUCUCCAUAAGCCCCACGGCACCACUGUCCACAUCCACGUACUCGCCGUCCACCGCACCUUCCGCCAACAAGGCAAAGGCUCCAUCCUGAUGUGGCGUUACCUUCAGUACCUGCGCUGCCUGCCCUACGUCCGCCGCGCUGUGCUCAUGUGUGAAGACUUCCUCGUACCCUUCUACCAGAAGUCUGGCUUCAAGGUGCAGGGCCCCAGUGAGAUCACAGUGGGGCCCCUCACCUUCAUAGAGAUGCUGUAUCCAGUCAGGGGCCAUGCCUUCAUGCGCAGGAACAGUGGUUGUUGAGGACAAUGGAACUUAAAGUGGACCCUACUUGAGUAUUGAAGAUAUUGGGACUCCCUCAUCCCGCUUAUGAAGCAGGAUGAGAGGACAUCUGAGCAGCUUGAUGUGAGGCAAGCGAUUGGUGCAGUGUGUGUGAUUGUCACUGCGAUCAGACAUGCUCAGCAAGCAGGUCUGACUGUGAGUCUGCAGAGAGCUGCUGUCCAGCUGAAUCUACAGCUGUUAGGAAGGAUGAUCAGAAAAGUACAAACAUGAUCUGUAGACUAGUGUGAGAAAAGCAGGAAGUUGUUAAAGCAUCAUUAAGUCAUCAAAGAAUGUCAGCACUUUUCUACAAGUAUCAUUUGAUAAUCACAACCUCUAGAAUCCAGCUGCCUUGUUUCUGACUUUGACAUCUAUUUUUAAAUCUCUUUUCCAAUCCUACAUGGUUUCUGGCAACUCAUGCACAUAUACAGAAUACUGCUGAAAUCAACAGAUUACUUUCCAGGGCUUAGAAUGACAAAGGAAGGAUAUUAGUUAAAACAACAUUACUGUUUUUCAUGUAUCGAGUCUAUCAGAAAUUGUGUAAGGUGUUGUAACUACUUAAAGCACAGAAUUUAGCCUUGAAGCAGUGCAAAUACUUCAUAUACCCCUUAAAUAACAGAUACACCAGUGUUUGUUUAAAAUAAAUUAAA